AAGAAUUCAUUAAAUCCGCUUGCCAGUGAUCUUCUUAAAAUGGAUUUAAUUUUUGAAAAUGCAAAUUCAUUUGGACAAAAACAUAACCUUUACUCCCUUUUCAUCAAAAAAAGUUUUGGUAAUAUUGGAGACAUGGAUCUUUGCAUUAUAGCAAGGAUAAAAAAUGCAAUACUUAAAAGUUGAUUUUUGAUAGCAUUUUUCAGUCAGUUAAUGUGAAAAAUGACUAACUUAUUGGAGUUCACUGAACCAAAAAAUGUUUGAGCAAAAAGAACUUCAUUUUCUGUUAUUGGGGAUAUCAAACUUACAUUAGUUCCACGUGUUGACGUAACCAUGGCACUUGCUGGUUUUCCUCUUGUAGAACCUUCGCAAAGUUCUUAAAUACACUAAUUAAAGGAUGAUUCAUCAAUAAAAAACUUUUAUGAAGGAGUCUUCGAUGUUCAUAAACUCUUGAGCAUAUAUCUGUCGUUUAAUUUUACUUGAUUCUGAGUUGAUAUUAAUUGGUGUAUAAGGACAUUUAAAGGAUUAUAAAAAAAUUUUAGAGAACGCUGUGAAAAUUUUGAAAAAACGAGUAAAAAUACUAUAUAAUUAAGUUUGAAACAGGUAAUGCCUGUUGUGUAUUUCAUGACACAGUACAAGCAUUGUAAGCUAGCUACUAGCUUAAGAUUGUGGUGUUUUCAAGAUUUCCAUAAUGUUUCAGCAUAGGUUUAAUCACGUGUUAUUUUACCUCAUUCUAAUCAAUAUUUACAACGUUAUACGUGAUUGAUCGGUUUUACUUCACCUCGAAUUUCCCAACUAAUACCAAGAAUUCAAUGUUAUUCACAGAUCUUAACAAUUCGGAAACAUCAAUUGAAAUUUCGAAUGUUGAGAUUACUAAAGAUGCACAAAAUUCCGACCUACCAAUUUCAACUGCAAAUGAUGCUAAAUCGGAAACAGAAGUACAACCAGUACGUAGAAGACAAUGGGGAUCUCGCUCGAUCACGAGUACACCGUCACUGUCUUCAGAAUCGUUGGAGAAACUUAUACCACCUGCUUCAUCAUGUUGGCUACGUAAUAAAAGUAUGGUAGUAGAUAAUGAAAAUAAUAAUGACAUACCACAUACAUCGUCAUCAUCAUUAUCAUCGUCACCAUCUGUGACUUUGCCAGAAAAUAAUAACACUAGCAGUCAUGUUGUUGUUGAUCAUCAUGUGGAUGAUGUCACCGAGAAAAAGCAUCAUGAUGUUGAUGUUGGCGAUCAUGUCAAUCAACAACAAGAAGAAGUAGAAGCAGAGGAAGACAAUUCACUUGAUCAUAUGAUGAAAAAUCAACGAUCAACUGAUUAUUCAAACAAUCAUGAUCUAAAUGAAGAAGAGGAUCAUUUUACCAGUCAUGAUCAUGAUAAUAAUAAUAAUGAUCGUCAUGAUAAUUUACAUCGUGAACGUGAAGUUGAGCUAGAAGUAGUGGAUGCAGUUGUUGAAAAUAUGGAUACUUAUGAUGAGAAUAUUAAUAAUAAUCAUAGUAAUAAUACUAUUGAAGAUUUAUCAAAUGCCUAUGAUUCACGUACAGUUCAUUUAACAUCUUCUGAUAUCAGUCCAAAAUUAGAUGUUAUUAUUAAACGUGGAAGUAUGACUAAUACUAUUUCUACUACCAUCACAUCGACGAUGAUGACUACUAUUACUGCUACUGUUGGUGGUGGUGCUGCUACUACUACUACUCCUACAUUGACACAAUCAACAGAUCAAACAUCAGCAGAGCAGCGACUACAGUCGAAUUCAUCUCAAUCAUCCGUUAUAACAAAAAAGUCACCACCACCGCCACCACCAGCACCACAACCUAAACGCAAAGGUCCUAAAG